GCCUUGCCACUUUCUCCCCAAGUUUCGAGCAAGAUCCGGCUCCCCUCCUCCUCCACGUGGGAUUCGCGUGAAUUCCGCCGUCGUUCUCCAGGGACUGUGCCCCAAACCAUCAGCUCCGGAGAGGCUCGCUUUGAGUGAGAUCCAAUUCUUGGGCCGCCAUUGCUGCGGCGCCCGCGUCCGUUCCCAGAAACAGGAGGAGGUCUCUGUACAUGCCCGUCAUCUCCCCCCUUCCUUUCUCGCUCGCGCCAACGCCGGCUGCUCCCGCGGCGUCGCGAGUUCGCUGGAACAGCUUCCCGCACCACCGGCGGUUGCGAGAGCUGUACUACUUGAUGUAUGAUGAAAUUAGCUACUGCUACAUACAUUGAAACAAAAGCAGGCAUGUGCAGCAACGGUUUUGAUUCAACUAACUGCUUUCGUAUGGAGGAGGUUGAGCCAAAUUUAUCCCCAUUUCUCCACAAGCUUUUUAAAGAGUGGGAUGAUCGCAAGGCGAGGGGAUUGUUUCACCACGACAUCACUACCUGUGAGGCCAAGGUGCUACCUGGAGAACACAAUUUUGUUGCAAUAUUGAUAGAAGGGCGUGACCAGAAGAAGCGGCCAACUGAAUUUGGAAUGAACCAGGUCCUCCAACCAUUUCAUAGUGAGAAGUUCAAUUUCACUAAAGUUAAACCAGAGGAGGUGAUCUUCAGGUUCCAAGAAACUGAGAGUGAUUCUGCCCAGUAUUUUGACGGAGCUCCUCCCACUGUUUCAGCUUCUCCUAGCAGCAUUUUGAUCAACGUGAGCCCAAUUGGGUACUGUCAUGUGCUUUUGAUCCCUCGAGUUCAGGAAUGCUUACCGCAAAGAGUUGAUCGAGAGAGCUUCUUACUGGCCAUGUAUGUCGCAAGGGAGGCAAGGAAUCCAUUCUUCAGAGUUGGCUAUAACAGUCUGGGUGCCUUUGCAACAAUCAAUCACCUCCAUUUCCAAGCAUACUAUCUGAAAGUGCAAUAUCCAGUCGAAAAGGCGCCGACAGAGAAACUGACAGUCAUAGGGAAUGGUGUCAGCAUUUCUCAGCUGGUGCAGUACCCAGUUAGCGGCUUUGUAUUUGAAGGAGGUUCGAGCCUGGAGGAUCUGUCACAUGUUGUCUCAAACGCCUGCAUCUUCUUGCAAGAGAGUAAUAGACCUUACAAUGUCCUUAUCUCUGAAUCUGGCAAGAGAGUAUUCCUUCUACUACAGUGCUACGCCGAGAAGCAGACUUCUGGAAAGGCGAGCCAGGAAUUCCUCGACAUGAGAAUCAAUCCAGCGGUCUGGGAGCUCGGCGGCCAUCUGGUUCUGAAGAGGAGGAAGGACUACGACGAAGCAUCCGAGGCAACACUAUGCAGGUUUUUGGUUGAAGCGUCCCUGUCUGAAGCAGAGUUCCAGGAGCUGAAGUGUUGCGUCUUGGAGUUCCUGGCCAGUGCAAGUCCUGAAAAGUAGAGAUGAAACCAAACCAAUUCUGAAGUGCUGAUCAGUAAUGUUUGGGUGUGCUAAGUUGUUUUAGAUAUGCUGUCAACUCUGAAAUCAGCAUAGGCCUGAGGGCCUCUGAUGAGUCAUAUGUUUGUUCCAUAUAUCCAUUGGUGAUAACCUGUA